CCCCGGUUCCUCAUGGACUUCUGUGAAGAGGAACUCAAUACAUAUUAGUUGAGUUUCCAAGUGGGAUAGAAUUUUCAGCACACCUCCUCUUUAUUAUGUGGGAAUCGUUAGCCUGUGUAGGCUCAUCUGUUGCUGUAUUAAACUGCAAAAAGCGAGAAAACAAGUUGCUGCAGGUCUCUGAGCAAUAAAGGUUUUUGUCCCACGAGAAUGUACUAUAUGUACUAUUAGCAAUGGCUUGGACUUUGAUUAUUUUUUGCAAGCUCUUCAUUCUGUGCACACUGCAAUACAUGAGAACAAUCACCGCACAAGAAGUUUCUCCUUUGCAUGUGAAAAUUAAAAAUGGGACUGUGAAACCGGCUUAUAUCAGCAUUACUUGGGACUGCAAUAUUACAGAGGAAAUGAAAAAUUACAAAUAUUGUGCUACGAUAAAAGAAAAAGACGCGGCACUUGAACAGCCCAUAGAUAUAAACAACUGCUCCGCUGAAUUCUUUAUUGGUAACUUUGGUGUAGCUCUGAACUUACAUGAAGGAGUAUCUGUGAAAAUUAAAGCAAACAAUGAUGAAGCUGAAAAUAUUAAAUGGACAACAUUCUAUCCUGAAGGAGAAAACCAAACGUCUGCUGAAAAUGUUGGCUGCAGUCUGUAUCAUGACAGUGUUGUGAACUGCUCGUGGGAUUUUGGCAAAAAAGCUCCCAAAGACACAAUUUAUUCAUUGCGGCUCUACCAAUCAAACACAUGGGAGGAAUGUCAAGACUAUAAGACUGAUUUAGCAGCAAGACAAAUGCACUGCUCUUUUAAGGUUUUAAAGAUUCAAUAUAAACAACGGGCAUAUUUAGUUGUGGAAGGAUCAAGCAACACAACACCAAUUCUGUUUUAUGAUCAGUGGAUCAAUUUGUGUGAAAACGAAAUACUGAUGCCUCCCAGAAACAUACAUAUAAAUGCAAGUACUCAUGGUGUUGAAAUUAAGUGGGAAAAGCCUGAAAAACAAACACAUCAUCCAGACCACUGUUUUAAAUAUGAAAUCACCUUAAAGGAAGAAAAAAUGCAGGAUAAAACCUACAAUGUAGAUAUGAAAUUACACUUUACCGUCCAUGAAUUCACAUCAAACCAGCAAUUUCAACUAAAAGUGAGAGCGAAAAGGGACUUUGGAUGUUCGGACACAAAAUGGAGUAAAUGGAGUGAAACCUCUAAAUUUGUUCCUUCUGCGGGCCCCCUCACACACACUCACCUGUUUAUUCUUCUAGCAAUAGGCACGGUCAUUGCCGUAACAGCCCUAAUAUAUGUCUGUCACAGAUUCCAGGUACUGAAAAAAGUAUUUCCCCCAGUGCCAGCACCUGUAAUAAAAUUACAAAGUUUGGACCAAGACGAGCUAAAAGAGCUACAGGAGAACCUUCCUACUUCUGCAUCUGAAAAACUACCAGACAAUGAAGAAGACAUUAAAAUCUGUGAAAUCGAUAAUUGUUGAAGAAUAGAAGAUAUUUGUGCAGAAGAUAUUUAUUUUGAAAAUAUAUAUAAGUAACUGUUACUGUUCUUUAUGCAGCUUCACAAAGCUCCACAAUGGGACAAUAACUGCGA